CUCUGUGGAGCACUGGAGCCGGUAGUUGAGUUGGUGCAGUCAUCAGCGUUUCGCUACCAUCAGCAAAAGAAGCAGCUGAGAGAAGCAGCCAGUAGCCUCAUCGCGGAACAAACAGCUACUGGGAGGACUGCUGGUGGAGCUCUCCGCCUCACUGAGCUACGCUAUACUACUACUUCUUUCAGAGGAGAACUUGUGGGGAGUCAAAGAGUCACAGCCAACUACCAACCAAACCAAGACUGUCAGCACGCACAACGGCACAGGAUACAUACAUCACAUGCAGCGCACACGUGCCAAGAUUGCAGCUGGUGCUGUCGUUUGUGUGGAGAGCGAGAUCAGAGGAGAUGUGACCAUAGGUGCCAGGACUGUGGUGCACCCUAAGGCUCGGAUCAUAGCAGACGCAGGGCCCAUCAUCAUUGGAGAAGGGAACCUCAUCGAGGAGCAGGCCCUCAUCAUUAACAGCUAUCCAGAAAACAUAAUGCCCGAUGCUGAGAAUGUGGAACCCAAGACGAUGACCAUCGGAAUCAACAACGUGUUUGAAGUUGGCUGUGUCUCUCAAGCCCUGAAAAUUGGUGACAACAAUGUAAUUGAAUCAAAAGCGGACGUGGGCCGUAACGUGAUGCUGACGAGCGGCUGCAUUGUGGGGGCCUGCUGCCAGGUCAACACCUGUGAGGUCAUACCUGAGAACACCGUCAUCUACGGAUCCUCGUGCAUGCGCCGCGUGCAGACCGAGAGGCCACAGCCUCAGACCCUACAGCUGGACUUCCUGAUGAAGAUCUUGCCCAACUACCACCACCUGAAGAAGACCGUCAAGAGCUCCUCAGCCACGCCCGCCCGCAGCUAGCUAGCGCCGCCUUGUGGUGGAGGCGUGGAAAUAAUAUGAAGUUCAACAUAUUGAUGAUGGCCGUGUUUGUGAUGGCGCAUUGCUGCGCAGUCUGUGUGCACACAGGGCACACUGACAGCUUUGGCAGGGCCCAGGACAAAGUCAUCUGAAAUGCCCCCUCCCCCCAGCCCAAUGCAUACAAUGUAAUGAGAACCCAAUUCUGGGCCCCCUCUCUCCCUAGGCUCGGGACAACUAUUCCCUUUGCGCAGCCAGAAACAGAAUGCAUUGAAAUGUUAAACUGUUGAUGCGCACUGCACAGCAGAGGGAGCAAUGUGUCACCACGAACGCGGCCCAUGCCUGUGUCACAGGAGCUGACUUGCACAACCAUGUAAAAGUAUACAUACUUCACUGCAUUAGUAGUAUUGCUAUUUAUGUUCCUCCUAGGAUCUACACAGUAAAAUGUUGUCAAUGUCAAUUUCACACUUUAAGAGUUGAAUUCAACACUGGUUGUGAUGAAUUAACAACUAUUGAAUUUUAAUCCUGACUAAAUAACACAAUUACCUUCUUGUGUUUUUUUUUUUUUCUCCUCUCUUGGUUUCGUACUUGUUGUUGUCAUUCCAGAUAUUAAAUCAACUUAAAUUCGA